AUGGGGGAGGUUUGGUAAAUUUUCCCUUAAAAGGGGAAAGAAAAAUUCCAAAAAAAUGAAAAAUUGGAAAAUUAACCCUUAUAUCACAAACAAACCACCACACAAAUUUUCCUACCUCCCCCUAUAACUGGACUUGCCGUAAAUAAGGGGUUUUUGUUUUUCUCUGUUUCCAAAACUUUCUCUCCCCUUUGGGGUUUUGGAAACCCCAACCCCAAAGCCCCCCAAAAAACCCCCCCCAACCCAAACACCCCAAUUUAAAAGUCUUCUUUUCUUCUCCUUUCCAUCCCCUUCUCCUUUUUGGGUUUCUAUGAAAAAACUUUUUUUUUAAUACCCACAUUACAUAUUAUCUUUCUCUCAUCUCCCCCCCCUCUAUCUUCUCUUCCCCUUCUUUUUCUUUCUUCUUUCUUCUUUGUUCUGUCUUUCCUACUCUCUUUUUUUACUUUGCUUCUCUUUUUUCUUUUUCUUGUUCUUUUUUUUUUUUUUUUUUUUCUUUUUUUUCCUUGGGCCUCUAUCAUUCAGUAUCCAUGCUCUUUUUAUUGUUCCCCACGAUUGGAAAUCGGGGAGGGGGACUGUGGAUCUGUCUCCGUCUGUCCGUUUGUUCGUACAUUCGUUCCUACGUUAGUUACAUGCAAUAUCUCUGACAGCAUUGGCCCAAUUUUGAUGAAACUUGGGUGAAUGAUGUGUCUUGCCAUAGAGAUCUGGCAUUUACAAAAGUACCUGAUUGGCCAGAUGGUGGCGCUAUAACAAAAUUGAAAAUACAAACUUUGAAAAGUCACGCCCCCUCACCAAUUUGACCUAAAGUCAUGAAAUUCGGUACAUAGGUCCCUCUCCUCACAAGGAACACAUUUGCCUCAGGGACCCAUAAGAUCCGCCAUGAUGGAUUUUCCGUCAUUUUGAAUUUUGAAAAACACUUACAAUGCUACUCUUCUGGCACCGAAUGACCGAUCUGCACGAAACUUGAUAUGUGGCAGCUAUGGACAAAGGUUUCUCAAUGCAAUAUUUUCCAGACUAGGAUCUAAAACAACAUGGCCACUAUUGACCAAUAAACAUUUACGUGGGCGUGGUCUGGCACAUAAAUGCAUAUAAAUCAGUCAAGGAUAUUUGUAUUGUAACACAAUUUAGUACACAUGUUGCAAACACUGUCAAGACUCAACAUAUGCAAGAACAUUCAUAUUGACCACACGGUGGCGCUAUAAUGGGCACACGUUUAUAUUUCUUGAUCUGCUUUACUCAGAGUGCUAUAAUUUGGCACACAUGCUCAGGGAUAUGAGUCUAGAUUAACCCACGCAAUAUCACAGACACCACUGGCCCGAUUUUGAUGAAACUUGGGUGAAUGAUGCGUCUUGCAAUAGAGACCGGGCAUUUACAAAAUGACACUGAUUGGCCAAAGGUGGGAGCUUAUAGUAGUUAACUGAAAUGUGUUAGUCACGCGCAAUAUUUAAAUCGGCACUGGGGGAGGGUGGGGGGGGUUGGGGGGCUGCAUGAUUCGUGGGGGACGACAUGUUUAUUGUUGCCUUGUUUUUAUUUUGGCUCUCACCCCUGCCUUGUUAAAAAACACAAUUACUCAUAUUAUGUAGAACAUUCACAGACCCACACACACACACACACACACAUAGACACACACACACACACUGCCUGAGGUGUAAAGCCACCCUAAUCCCCUCCGCCAGAACAAUGACACCCAAAUCUCCUACAGUGACAUCAUCUCCGCCUCUCCCAAAUCACAACUUAAUUUACCAAGUCUGCGUCCCAAUGGUACCCUAUUCCCUUUAUAGUGCACUACUUUUGACCAGGGCCCAUAGGAUCUAUAUAAGAGACGCACACCAAGAGAACAAAGUCACAAUCCCCUGAUAACCAUAACACACCCCGCUACCCCACACCGCUACCCCACUCCGCUACCCCACACCGCUACCCCACACCGCUACCCCACCCCGCUACCCCGCUACCCCACCCCGCUACCCCACCCCGCUACCCCGCUACCCCGCUACCCCACACCGCUACCCCACCCCGCUACCCCACACCGCUACCCCACCCCGCUACCCCACUACCCCACACCGCUACCCCACCCCGCUACCCCACUACCCCACACCGCUACCCCACCCCGCUACCCCGCUACCCCACACCGCUACCCCACCCCGCUACCCCACACCGCUACCCCACCCCGCUACCCCGCUACCCCGCUACCCCACACCGCUACCCCACCCCACUACCCCGCUACCCUACCCCACUACCCCGCUACCCCACCCCGCUACCCCACACCGCUACCCCACCCCGCUACCCUGCUACCCCACACCGCUACCCCACCCCGCUACCCCACACCGCUACCCCACCCCGCUACCCCGCUACCCCACACCGCUACCCCACCAUUAUUUGAUCCCCUGCUGAUUUUGUACGUUUGCCCACUGACAAAGAAAUGAUUAGUCUAUAAUUUUAAUGGUAGGUUUAUUUGAACAGUGAGAGACAGAAUAACAACAAAAAAAUCCAGAAAAACAAAUGUAAAAAAUGUUAUAAAUUGAUUUGCAUUUUACCCCACCCCGCUACCCCACCCCGCUACCCCAAACCGCUACCCCACCCUGCUACCCCACACCGCUACCCCACCCCGCUACCCCACGUCGCUACCCCACGCCGCUACCCCACGCCGCUACCCCACGCCGCUACCCCACACCGCUACCCCACCCCGCUACCCCACACCGCUACCCCUCACCGCUACCCCACCCUGCUACCCCACCCUGCUACCCCACACUGCUACCCCACACCGCUACCCCUCACCGCUACCCCACCCCGCUACCCCCACCCCGCUACCCCACCCUGCUACCCCACACUGCUACCCCACACCGCUACCCCUCACCGCUACCCCACACCGCUACCCCUCACCGCUACCCCUCACCGCUACCCCACCCCGCUACCCCACCCCGCUACCCCCACUCCGCUAUCCCACACUGCUACCUCACCCCGCUACCUCACCCCGGUACCCCACUCCGCUACCCCGUAGCGCUGAAGAUCCGCGGUAUAGCGCAAUUUAA